AUGUCGCCGCACCCAAAAAAAUGCUUCUACCUCUUCCUAUCUUUAUUUUGCAUAUCUCUAUGCCUCUCUCAUUUCAAUCAAACACGCUCCUUGGCAUACGUUCCACACUCUGCUCCCAAAAAGAAACCUGUCCAUGUCCUUGUGGUGUCAUCCUGGAGAUCAGGCUCUUCAUUCCUUGGACAGAUCUUCAACCAUCACGAUGAUGUCUUUUACCUCUUUGAGCCUGGACAUUCCCUCUGGAUGAAGCUUCGGAAUGAAAGUUCUGAGCUGCUACAUUUUCCCUUAAGAGAUCUUCUACGAUCGCUUUUCACCUGUGAUGUGUCCCCUCUUCAUCAGUAUCUUCCUAAAGGGGGAAAACGCAUUUCUGAUUUGGGAUUCUUUGCAGAAAGUCGAGCACUCUGCACCCCACCAUUUUGUUCAGCCUUUAUACCCUCUGAAGGCUACGACCGCCAAAAAUGUUUCCACCGUUGCAGAACUACUUUGCUGGAUAAAAUGGCAGAAGCAUGCAAGACAUACAGCCAUGUGGUGAUGAAAACAGUCCGGAUUUUCGACCUUUCUGUUCUGCUUCCCCUUUUCCAAGACCCUACCCUUGAUCUUCGUGUUCUGCACCUUGUGAGGGACCCAAGAGCUAUCGCUGUGUCAAGGACAUACUUUGAUCUUAGAAUUGAUGAUAAGAUUGUACUUAAGAAUGAAGGAAAUAAAAAUAUUACUAUAAGCAGGAUUAUGGAGAAGAUUUGCAGAUCUCAGGUUGACAUCAACAAUGUGGCUAAAGCAGCUAAGGUGUUGCAAGGGCGAUACAUGGCCAUUCGGCAUGAGGACCUUUCUAAUGAACCUCUUGAGUAUGUAAAGAAAAUUUUCAAUUUUUCUGGCCUCCAUCUAACUAAAGACCUGGAACAGUGGCUUUACAACGUUACCCAUGAGGAGGUAGCAGAUAGAGAUGGGAUCAUGGCUUUCUCAAAAACCUCUUCAGAGUUGGUCCAAAAAUGGAGAACUGCUCCGGACUUCAAUUUUGUGAAGCAGAUUCAAGAAAACUGCAAAGAGGCAAUGGAUCUGUUUGGUUACAGGCCAGCAAGGUCCAAAAAAGAACAGCACGAUAUGACUGUGGACUUAGUAAAUAAAGAAUGGUCAUUGAAAUGA